AUGCUGUUCCAAGCGGAUCUUGAGAAUGCGGCGGAGGCAGCGUCCUUCAAACCCCCUCAGCUUGCUUUCAAUCUUCUUGUUGGUUCUCCAUGUCUCUGGAGCAUAGCGAAGGAUGGAUCGGACGUUGGACUUGGUCCCGGUCUGGAGAUCCUUGGACUUCCAAACAUUCCGCAAUUUCUUAAAGAAGCUGAGUCCCGUCCUGAUGAAUUCAUGAAAUUGAAGAGUCCAAUUUAUUACGAAGAAGCGCUCCUCAGUAUCGCUGAAUUUGUUGGCGCCAAUAUUGAAAAUAUGGUGUUUGUGGAGAAUACAACAACAGGCAUUAAUACAGUUUUAAAAGCUAUGAAGUUCAAGAAAGGCGAGAGUAUCUUGAUUAAUAAUUUGACGCAUGAAGCUGUGAGUAAUACAGUCGUAGAUGUAUGCGACAAUCCAGAUUUAGAAACCACUGUCGUUAAAUUAGAGAUCAAAUUACCGAUUCGCAGCAAAGAAGAAAUUAUACAGCAAUAUAGCGAUGUCCUGGAGGACAAUCCGUCAGUCAAGGUGGCAGUCGUUGAUCACAUCACUAGUUCAUCCGCCAUGGUAAUGCCAAUAAAAGAACUCAUUGAGGUUUGCAAAAGUAAAGAUGUACAGGUGGUAAUAGAUGGGGCACAAGCAAUUGGGCAACUACAAUUUAAUCUGGGAGAGCUUGGUGCUGACUAUUACAUUGGUAAUUUGCAUAAGUGGAUGUUCGGUGUCCGAGGGAGUGCAAUACUAUGGAUACAUCCAAAACACUACAAGUCUAUCAAACCACUGAUUACAGGUCACAAUUAUCAGCAAAGUUUGUUCAAUCAGUUCUUUAAUCAGGGCACACGUGAUUCAUCUGCUUAUUUCUGUGCACCAGCUGCUAUAAAAUUCUUUGAAGAAAUUGGUGGAUUU